AUGCUGCUUACCCGACAUGCACGCCGGGCACUGCGGCGUUGCCAGCAGCUGCGCCUGCGUCAGCGGUCGGUACGGAGUGCCGGUCUGCCGGAGGACCACCCUCAAGUCUCCCCGGUUCAGAUGUCCCAUCCGAGCGUGCCACAACGCUUCAGAGGCCUGGACCACUCCUUUGCACGCACCUUCUUCGAGUAUCACAGCUUCACCGCCGAGUACAGAGGUUGA